UCGGUACUCUCGAUUGCUGGGCCGUCUGCCCAUCUCGGCCUAUGUACCCAGACCCGACCCUGGCAUCCCAACUGCCCAAGUCAAGGCUUGCGUGCUAAACACUACUCCGCGAGCGAACGGAGCACGCCAACACGGAAGCCUGAGCACGAAUAUGAUUGAAUACAUCCCUUUGCCCUUCCGCCCUUCUUCUGAUAUCUGACUCAAUCUCCGGUGCGACGGCCGACAGUCCUCCCAUCUCCAGAAUACCACUCAGAUGUGUUAAUGGUUGAAUUCAGUUAUAUUAGAUAGCAAAAAGCAAUGGAGUUUUGCCCUACAUGUUCGAAUUUAUUGCAAUUUGGGUUGCCGGAUAUAGACCGUCCUGCUGGUUUCCGCUGCCCUACUUGCCCCUAUGUGUGCGCCAUUGGACCCAGGAUAAAAAUCAAGAGAAGACAGCAUCUAGUUCGGAAGAAGCUUGAUCCAGUGCUUUCAGUUGACUCACUGGCUACAGCCCAAAAAACUAAAGAAAGAUGCCCUACUUGUGGAUUCGAUGAAGCAGCUUUUGUGGAGAUGCAGACAAGGUCUGCAGAUGAGCCUGCAACACGGUUUUACAAAUGUAUAGGAUGCGGAUUCACUUGGAAAGAGGACUGAUAAGUUGAUGUUUGGCCUGAUCAGAUACGUCUUGAAAUUUUAAUUAGGCUUAACCAUCAUACAAAUAGGACAUUUGUGGAUGGUGAUGGAUCUAUUGCAUAUUGGCAUCGAGCCAUUUUUUGUUUGGACAGAAUUUUUUGGACUUUUGAGUACUUAAAGUGUGUUCUCUUAUAUGGCAUCAAUUUAUUUUUAUAGAUUUAUAUUCAAUUUUGGACGUGAUUUUCACUAUGAGUCAUCCGGAAACAGUCUCAGUGCUUUAGUAUAGGGGUAAGACUGUGUACAUCGGAGUUUAAGAAA